UGCGCCGAUUGACAAUAUGUUUCCAGAGAUAUCAAAAGCAUCAGCUAUGGAUAUCAAGAGGAUUUAGCAUUUCCAAUUCAUAUAUAAAAUAAUAAUGAUAAUUAAUGAUCAAGUAAAUUAAUACAAGAGGCACCGGUUAUGUACACCCAGGUGGCUUGAAAGACGUGAGUUUAUCCAUCAUGCAACACGAACUCGAGGUAAGCAACAGUUUGCUAAAUUGCAGCUAGUUUGAUAGCUACAGAACUUAAAGAUCUCCCUCUUUUCGUUUUCUUUCUUGCUGCAUUGAAGAUUGGUUUAAUUUCUUUUUUCGCGCAGGCGCAGUGAGGGGAAAAACACAGAGUUUAGGCAAGUCGGUUCGUAGCUCUGCUUCAACUGUGCGAUAUCCUCACGAGGGGCGACCAAAUUUCUGAAUGCCAGAAAGUCAUCCGACCAUGCGAUUGCCAGUCAGGAGAGGUUUAUCGCCACUCGUUUCCCCGUGUACACUGCACGAUCACUGCACGACAAACGGCACGACAAAGCUGAAAAUCGGCCGGACUCAAAAAAGAGUCGCACGAGUCAGAAUUCGGCUCAAAAUCGGACGAAAAUCGCACAGUGUAUGCCUGCCUUUACGCAAAUAUGAUCGUUUAUGAUUAGCCGCUUCAGAAUCAAAAACACUUUUUUGUCUGCCCUCAUACAGGUAUAAAAGAGAAAACAAAAUAUAGUUUCGUCAAAUUUUAAGAUUAAAUGCAUCAAUUUGGUGCACUUUGAGAGCUCAAAACAGAGCUUAAGCAUGUACUUGAUACGCAUUCUCAUGUGAUCGGGUUGCUUGAAGUGAAUUAGAUUUAAAUCGCCGUCAUGCAUGAAUGAAUAAUAUUUUUUUGCAAUUUUACACAUAAUAAUCCACGAUGAUCACAUUACACAAAACUGAAAUUGCAUGUAAAAAUAACACAUUGUCAAUAUUUUUGAGACCCCCCAAAAUUUCACAAAUCACGUUUUCAGGGGAGCCCAUGUCUUAUAAAGGGGAGCCAAGCUCCCCCGUAGUUCGCACCCUGGGUGCAUCCCUAGUGCCUACUCCUCACUGUUAUUAAAGUGAUCAAAAGUAGCAUAUCUACUGUCUAAAUUCAUAUCAUUUUUGUUUAACUUCUGCGUAAUGUAAUUUCAGUGCUUAUCGCCAUUAGUGAAAGUGUAUGAAUGUAAAUGUGUAUAUCAAAAUGAAAACAUGAGUUUCCACACGAGUUUAAAUCAUUUUUUUUUAAACUGUUAUUGUGAACAUGCACUGUAUUUAUAAUUAUGACUCAUAACGAUGAUUUAAAGUGGUUUUCCUUCAUCUGCCGUCAGUUCCUCAACUCACCAUUGGUGUCGCCAAACUGCUCUGUCUCCAAAAUGUUCGUACGCAUGGGUCAGAGUUUGCGUGUAGGCGCGCAAAUUUUCCCGUCAAGUUUGUUUUUUAUAAAUCACAACUUCUGCAUUGGAAGUGGCCAACUUUGCAUACGCACAAAACAGGCUCUGAAAGUGCGUACGCAAAGUUUUAUAAAUGAGGCCCCAGAUCACCAGCUGAUCGCGUGAGCAAAGUGCACACUUCUAUUUAAAACACGCAGCAUUACUGCACUGAUGAGAACGUCUCCCAAGCAUUUUAGGUGUUCUGUAUCUGGAUGCAUUUAUCCACAUAGCUCUCUUCAUUUACUCCCCAAAUCUGAGCUGCUGAAGACGAGGGGGAUUCUUUUUGUUUUCGAAGAAAAUGCUCCCUCAACCGUACCGAAAUUCGUUUAUGUUUGCGCGAAUCAUUUCACACUGGACUGCUUUGUGAAUGAAUGUCAAUACAAAGGGACAAUACAAAACAUACAGUCUCCAGAGCGAUACUGGAUAUGGCAGUAAUGAAGGUUUGUUCCUGCUGUGUAGUGAGUCUCGUGAAUGUGAUGAAGGAUUCAUGAAAAUAAACAGGACCUCCUGUGUUGAUGAAGAUGAGUGUGAGAUGCCGAGUCUGUGUGGUGAUAACGCUCAGUGUAUCAAUAUACCUGGAAGUUACUACUGCACCUGUGAUGAAGGAUUUCGAUCAAACACACCCAAUUUCACAGCAGAUACAGAAAAGUGUUUAGAUAUCAAUGAGUGUUAUGAGAAGACAUUUGUAUGCUCAGAUGAUAAGGAGUGUGUGAACACUGUGGGAUCCUACUAUUGCACGUGUCCUAAAGGAAGCAAUGAAUCCAGAAGAACAGACUCAGCAUGUGAAGACAUCGAUGAGUGUGAAGAUCCAGAUGUUUGUGGCACAAAUGCCACCUGCUACAAUCAUCCAGGCGGAUACAGCUGCAAAUGUCACCAGGGUUACAGUAACUACGGCAACAACCAGUCAAAAUGCAUCGAAAUGAACUGUGAUCAGUUUAAACCUGAGCCUGACGCUGGACACACACUGGAGAAGUUGAAGAAUUUGAUGUCACUGUUGAAGAACAGCUGUGAGUCUCUGAAUGAUCCACAAGCAGAACAGUUCACUGGAGAGAUGUUACUGGAGAACUUGUUCAUUUCCACUGAUGAUCUGCUGUCGGAUGGAAACAUCACUGGCGGAAAGAUGUUGAGUCAGUUUCUGGAUGCGGUGGAGAACAGCAUGCGUCUGAUUGGACCUCAGCUUAAAGAGCCUGUGACCAGGAUGGAGACGCACAACACCGUCGCUGAGGUUGCAGUCAGGCGGAAUCAGACUCCGCCCACUGGGAGUGUCACUCUGAGCACAGACUCCGCCCUCUUCAACACCAGCUGGGAGACAGUUGUAGGGAAAUCAUAUCCAGGUUUUGCGUUUGUGGCGCUGGUCAGUUAUAAAGAUCUGGACACAUCUGGCCAUCAGUUCCACAAGAUCAGCAGAACAUCACAGGAGCAGGAGAGCAGAGAGGGAGAAAUCACUUAUCAGCUCAACUCGAAGGUGGUGACGGCCGUCGUCAGUAAUCCAGAAACCAAACAGCUGUCUGAGCCGGUGAUGCUCGUCUUUACCCACACGGAGGAGAGGGUGCAGUCUGGGGGUGUGGCUUACUCCUGUGUGUUCUGGAAUGAGGCUGAGGGGGCGUGGUCUGGGCGGGGCUGUGAGAGGGCGUGGUCUAACAGCACUCACACAGGCUGUUCCUGCUCUCAUCUCAGUAGCUUCGCUGUGCUGAUGGCCCUUUAUCCCAUACAGGACUCGUUUGAGCUGGUGUUGAUCACACGUGUGGGUUUAGGUCUGUCUCUGGUCUGUUUAUUUCUCUGUAUCCUGACGUUCCGGUUCUGCCGCUCAAUCCAAGGAACCCGAAACAGCAUUCAUCUUCAUCUGUGCGUGUGCCUCUUCAUCGCAGACCUCGUCUUCCUCUGCGGGAUCUCCAGCACUCACAACAGGGUAGCGUGUGCGAUUGUGGCCGGCCUGCUUCAUUACUUCUUCUUGUCUGCGUUCUGCUGGAUGCUGCUGGAGGGGUUUCAGCUCUACCGGAUGGUUGUGCUGGUGUUUCACACCACAUUAAAACAUCUCUACAUGUAUGCGGUGGGAUACGGAGUCCCUCUCGUCAUCGUCAUUAUCUCUGCCAUCUCUUAUCCGCAGGGAUACGGCACGGAUCGACACUGUUGGCUCUCUCUUGAUGGUUAUUUCAUCUUGAGUUUUUUCAUACCCGUCUGCAUCAUCAUCAUCCUCAACUGUUUUGUCUUCAUCAUCACUGUGUGGAAACUGGCUAAAAAAUUCUCCAAUCUCAAUCCAGACCUCUCCAAACUCAAACAGAUCAGGAGUUUUACAUUGACCGCAGUGGCUCAGUUGUGUGUUCUCGGCGGGAUGUGGAUCUUUGGCUUCUUCCUCUUCCAGGAGAAAGGGACUGAAGUCAUGUUGUACCUCUUCAUCAUCUUCAACAGCCUACAGGGGGCGCUCAUCUUCAUCAUGCACUGCCUGCUGUCCAAACUGGUCAGGACGGAGUAUUACAGUCUGUUUGGCCGAAUGUGCCCACAAAAGAAGAAAGAGGAAUACAGUACCAGCCAGUCCAACAGCAGUCAGAAACCGCUGCGGAUUGACAACAGCACAGGAGAGUCACAGAUAUGAAGUCCUGAUGGAUGUUUACAAACUCUUGAACACAAGACAAUAUCUGAAGACUUUUCACAAAGCUUCAGUUCAACCUUUCCUGUCAGAAGAUCUUCGUAUUGCUUUCCAUCCGUCUGUUCAGGAAGAUUGCAGAUGUGGGUUCAUCAAACAUCUGUUUCCUGAGACGGAGUUAAAGGUCUGUCAUGGGAACGGCUGAAACGGAUCACUCCAUUAAAUGAGUAAAAUAUU